AUGUCGACAACCCGGUAUACUGUACCAAUUCAUGAAUCGACACAAAUCUUGGAGACUCGUAAACAACUGAACGACAUGGCGAUGCAAUACCCACUCGGAACUCUUGACGACAGGAAUGGAGGUUAUUAUCUCCUAGAUCACGACAAUACAGUUUUAGCCAUCGCGUCUGAUUCCCUAUGCAAAGAACUGGAUGCUGCAAUGGAGGCAGCAAAACGGUACCAUAGCACCCAUACCGAAAUCGACGAAGAAAGCGAAUCCGUUGCACCUCAAAGUGACGAGGCACACUCUGGCCUGUUCAAGCCGAUUGCCACGUGUGCGCUGGAAGCUAUCAUUGGUGUUUCUGAGUAG